UUCUUCAAAGCCGGUGCGUUGAUUGAUGCUGCCGCGCUGGACCGACUGAAGCCCGCUGCUGAGAUCUAUACCUAUCGACGUGUCGGGUGGUGUUUGGCUUUGGAGGGAGCGCAGCAAAAGGAGAAGAUGUGGGGGACGGAUGGCAAAGCGGGAAUUAGGAGGAGCUCUUGA